AUGCAUGCACCUGCCCGGACGCGCCAGCAUCUGCUCCGGCAGCUCCGAGCGGUCGCUGCUGCAGCAGCCGGAACGGCAUCAACGGUGGCAGCAGUAGAUCGACGGGAAAAUGUUGAGUGUGGAAUUCAUUUGAACUUUACCGUUACUAUGGACGGCGGGGACAGUUUUGACGCUGUAAAAGCAAUGGGGAAAGCUGAAGCAAAAGUUGCAGCGACGGCAGUAGAUGAGGCAGGAACAGGGCCAGCUGUAGAUGCAACAAGGACAGUCUCGAGACAGACGAUAAGCCGAGUGCACCGUACUUCGCAUGGAAUUGCAUCUGAUCUGGCGGAGGGAAAAGAAGCACCGGCGUCAGCAUAUUGCGAUGUAGCUGCUGCUGCGCUUGCGGUAGAGGACAACGCUCCGGAUGCAGCAGAUACUGAAACUGCAGAAGAGGCGGCUACACUACAGGCACCGGAUGACGCAUUGAAAUUGAAGGCCUUUGCCUCCUGCGCAGCGCCAGUUGCUGGUGGUGGCCCUGAAGUUGAACACACAUCUGCAGCAUCUGUAGAAGUAGCACGUUGGGGAUCGUCUAUCCCACGGAUGCCCGGGGCCUUGCGUGAGGGCUUCCUGGCAGAGGUCAAGUCACUUCAGAAGAAGCCCAUCAUGAAAAUUACAACGAGCGUUGAAGGCAAGUUUCUGUCUGUUCCGCCUGUCACAGGAGCGUACGGAGAAAGCUCUGUAUCUUCCCUAUUUAAGUUGUUUUCUCUAUUGAACAAACACUUCGGCCUCAACGAACACUCCACCUUCCUCGAUAUCGGCAGGUCCGACUUGCUGUUUCCAGGUUCCGACGUAGUUGUCUUAGGCAUCGAUGAUUCUGCAGCUGCGGUUCGUGCUGCAGCAGUAGCGGUAAUUCAAUAUGGUGCAGAAGGUGGUUUCGAAGCACUUCCUUUGCGGUUCGUGCUGCAGCAGUAG